UAAACCAAGAGCGGGUGAGUCCGUGAUACUCGAGAAGACGGAGCUGAGCAGACGACAGAAUGGAGUCUCUGAAAGUCCUCGUGGUGCUACUCGCAGUUUUUCAUGGCUCUCUCUCAAGACCUCAAGAUGACGAUGAGCUUCGUGCUGUUGUCGAGAAUCUCAGGAGACUUGUUGAGAGAAAAAUGAACGACAUGGGGGAUAAACCAUCACCACCCGGCCCCAGCGUGCCUGGGCCCCGUAGGCCUAAGAAAAUGCUCAUGACGUUCAUAGAUAACUACUAUGGAGACUUUCCUGGUGGAAACUACACGUGGGGCACACCAGUAGACAUGAACAGCUUAGUCGAUAUCUACACCUGGUUUAAGAACGCCGACAUAUCGAGCACACCUAUGUUUCAAAGCCCUGCAUUCUCGAAAAUGCUCACAAAAUUCCUGGAUUCUUAUUUCCGAUGUGCCGCAAUGAAGAUUAACCAGAUGGCUUUCUAUAUUUUACAAGAACAAGAGACUGCAAUGGCCGCUGAAAAAGAUAACACAAUGUAUACCGAAAUACGACGCAUUCUUGAGGCCGAGUUGACUGACCCUUCAGCCAUCACCAUGGAAAUCGUAAAGAAGAGUUUUGCGCAUACCUACGACACCAUUAUGCUCAAGGUCAAACAUUUCCAGAUGAGAGGAAUGGGUAAAAUCUUUCGGAAAAUGAGAAUGUUUAUGAAGAAAGCAGUAAGAAAAGGUUGGACCGUCGAAGAGUUGAAAUCAAACUUCCUGAAAUUGAUGGAGACUGCAGACUUCUACAAAUGCCCCGAUGAAGGUGAUUUACGGGAGUACCACAAAAAGAUUUCAGUUUAUUUCCAAAGAAGAUUUUCUAAAAGAAAACCCUUCGCCAAGGCAGAAGCUUGGUUGACCAAUUUUCUCCGUGAGCACGUGAAAGACCCUGCCACUGUCGUCCAGGGAAUUCUUGGGGUAUAUCGUGGUUACGUCACUGCAGCUGUGGGGGUGUUCCAAGAAGUAGAGAAACAUAUGAUCACUGGGGAUGCGGAAGAUAUUUUGAACUUUGUGUCGCAGUUCCUCACGGAAGACCAGCUGUCAUACUUGAAAGCCAUUUUCCGAGAUUUAGGCGGUUCCGAUGAAAACGACGAUGAUGACUUCGAAGGCUCGGGCUCCCCGGAUGAUGAUGAUGAUUUAUAUCCAGGAGGCACAGGUUCCCCCGACGAUUUAUAUCCUGGAGGUACAGGUUCCCCCGACGAUUUAUAUCCAGGAGGCACGGGUUCCCCCGACGAUUUAUAUCCUGGAGGUACGGGUUCCCCCGACGAUUUAUAUCCUGGAGGUACAGGUUCCCCCGACGAUUUAUAUCCAGGAGGCACAGGUUCCCCCGACGAUUUAUUUCCAGGAGGCACAGGUUCCCCCGACGAUUUAUAUCCAGGAGGCACGGGUUCCGUAGAUUAUUUACCGAAACGAACAAUUUUGAAGGAAGACGGUGUUUUCAGUGAGGACGACGAUAAGUUUAGUGAAAAUUAAAAUUGAAUGUGAAAUUGGUCAUUUAAAAUAAGUAAACGCCAAACACAUCAACUUGUUUCCGUUAUUUUCUUUGUUGGUUAUGUUUGAAAUAAACUAUGAAAAUCGGAA